GGCGGGAAGGAAGGAGCGGCUUCCGGCGCGCGGGGCAGGCUGGGAGCGGGAAGGCCGCCAUUCCGCCUCACGCCGUCCACCUACAGCCGUCGGAGCCGCGCAGCAGCCACCUCCAAGAUGUCCAUCGGAGUACCGAUUAAAGUCCUGCACGAGGCAGAGGGUCACAUCGUCACAUGUGAAACGAACACCGGUGAAGUGUACAGGGGCAAGCUCAUCGAGGCCGAGGAUAAUAUGAAUUGCCAGAUGUCGAACAUAACCGUAACGUAUAGAGAUGGUCGAGUAGCACAGUUGGAGCAAGUAUAUAUUAGAGGCAGCAAGAUCCGAUUCCUCAUCUUGCCAGACAUGUUAAAAAAUGCUCCCAUGUUGAAGAGUAUGAAAAAUAAGAAUCAAGGCUCGGGAGCUGGACGAGGGAAAGCGGCGAUUCUCAAAGCCCAAGUGGCAGCAAGGGGAAGAGGACGAGGCAUGGGACGUGGAAAUAUUUUCCAGAAACGAAGAUAAUGGAUUGCCGUUAGGAACUUUUUUCUCUUUUAGGAUUUCUGUGCUAAGUUUCAUUUGAUGACCUCUUUCUGUUCGGUGAACAGUACUUUUAAAUAAAUUUGUUUUUGAGAAAAUAAGGAACACA